AUGGCUCUAUCAGAGGAUCAAAAAAUUGAUCUAUUUGAAUCAAUAACUUAUCGAAGAGAUCGAGAAAAUGUGAUUGAUUUUUUAACACGGUACGAAUGGGAUAUUUAUACUGCUAUCGAAGCAUAUUAUGCACGUCCUGAAGAAAUUAGUAAUGUUCAAUCAAAAACGUUUACUUUAUUUCGAACCAAUUCAAGAGAAACUCAUUCAUUGGUAAACGCAUCGCUUCAUUCAUUUAAUUCAUUACGUCCUUCACUAACAUCAAGCAAUUACAAUCAGAGUACAACUACAUCGAAUACAGAAACUUUUGAUGACCAAAUGAAUCCAUUACUCAAAUCAAAUAUAACAACAAUAUCUCCAAUCUUUCCCCAUAUCAACCAGUUUGGUCAUGACAAAAAACAACUUCUUCAAUAUAUUGAUUCGAAUAUUAUUGGUAAAAAUCUUCUAUUCGAUACUCCAUGGGGAUCUCGAGAAAUUAUUUAUGCUGAUUAUACAGCAUCUGGACGUGCUUUAAUAUUUAUCGAACAGUAUAUCUUAUCAAACGUGUUACCUUAUUAUGCUAAUACACACAGUGAAAAUAAUGCAUGUGCAUUACAAACUACAAAAUUUCGUGAAGGAUCACGAGCAAUGAUUAAACGCUAUGUCAAUGCAACCGAUGACGAUGUUCUUAUUUUUACUGGAUCAGGAUCAACCGCUGCUAUUAAUAAACUUGUUGAUGUAUUACAUCUAAAAGAUGAACAAGUUCGAAGUACAACUGUUGUUUUUAUUAGUACAUUUGAACAUCAUUCAAAUAUUUUACCUUGGAAAGAAACAGGAGUGGAGGUUAUACGUAUUCCAAAUAAUAAGUUAGGUCUUCUUGAUGAAGAUUUUUUACAAAAUCAAUUGAAAUAUUAUCGUGAUGAAGUUAAAAAACAUAUUAUUUGUACAUUUAAUGCUGCUAGUAAUGUAACUGGUAUUCGAACUGAUGUGGAUCAUAUAUCAAAACUUGUUCAUCAAUAUGAUGGUUUGAUCUUUUGGGAUUAUGCAGCAGCAGCACCUUAUAUUAAAGUUGAUAUGAAUCCAUCAAAAUUUGAUUAUAAAGAUGCUGUUUUUAUUUCUACGCAUAAAUUUAUUGGUGGACCAUCGACACCAGGUAUUUUAAUUGCUAAGAAAAAACUUUUUACCAAUCAAGUUCCAAGUGCUUGUGGAGGUGGUACAGUAAAUUUUGUUACUCGAGAACACGUUGAAUAUGCGACAGAUAUUGAAACACGUGAAGAAGGUGGAACACCCAAUAUUCUUGGUGCUAUUCGAGCUGGUUUAGUUUUUCAUUUAAAAGAAUCUGUUGGUUGUGAUACAAUUGAAGCACGUGAGGAUGCAUUAGUUUCAAAAUUCUUUACACGAUUUCGAAAUCAUCAAACAUUAUUUAUACUUGGAUCAUCAACUGUUUCUCGACUAGGAAUAUUUUCAUUUCUUAUUUAUGUACCAUUUUUUCAGAAAUAUUUACAUCAUAAUUUUAUUUGUGUUUUAUUAAAUGAUUUAUUUGGUAUUCAAGUACGAUCCGGAUGUUCUUGUGCUGGACCUUAUGUUUUAGAUCUACUUAAUAUUAAUGAUCAAGCAGCAAACAUUUAUACAAGAUUUAUUACAGUAGAUGAAAAUGCUCGAUCUGAUGGAAUUCCUAAAAUUGAAUUAAUGAAACCCGGCUUUACUCGAUUUAAUUUAUCAUAUUUUGCAAGUGAUGAAGAAGUUGAUUAUAUUUUAAAUGCAGUCGAAUUUAUUGCAAAUGAUGGAUGGAAAUUUUUACCAUUGUAUACUUAUGAUCCACAAACUGCUGUUUGGCAUUCUCGUACUAUGUCAUCACAAAAUCAAUCUUCUCAAUAUCAUAGUCUUCAAAUGAUUACUUAUGCAAAUGGUACAAUGGAAGAGAAUAUUAGACAACAACAAAACGAGCUUUUUAAUUCAAAUGCUCCUCAUCUUAUCAUAAAUCCAUCUUCAGAUGAUCCGAUAGAGGAAGCUAAAUCAAUAGCAAAUAAUAUACCAAAAUAUGUUUAUGAAAAUUUUGAUUCUCAAACUGAUCCACCAUUAAAUAUUCCAGAUGAAUAUACAAAUUUUGUUUGGUUUGUUAUACCGAGAGACAUUAUUCGAAAAAUGAUCAUUGAUUUUGGAAGAAAUAAAGAAAAUACUCUUCAAUCAGCACCAUUUCGUCCGAGAGUCGAUGAUUAA